UAUGGAGAGAAUUUCUGUUAUAACUGUUUUUAAACUUCAAAAAUUUAUUUAAAAUUCUUUGUAUUUUUAUUUUGCUUUGUGAAUACACUUGUACUCGAUGAGUUGUGAACGUUUUGUGUGACUUACAAUGCCAAAGGACUCGCUUUUAUACUUAAUAAAAGCUUCCCAUCAAUGGACUAUUCGGACUUGUGAUUGGUUGCAAAAAAAAAGAGUACAACAAAUCCUUAGUAGAACAUCUCAACGCAUGCUUUUGAUUGUUGUAGGUAUUGUAAACCGAGGGCAUAAUCAUUUUUCUUUUGUUUCUAUGCUCACAGUUACAUAUUUGAUUUUUGAAGGAGGAAAUUUGUAUUUCAACAUUUACUAUAUACGUUGAGAUACAAAAACUGUUGCAAGCAGAUAUAUCUACAUAUAAAUGGCUUUUAUGGCGAUGAAGAAGUCAUAUGACCAUAUGUUGGGCAAAGGAUUUAUUAUUAUCUGUUAACGAUGAUGAUACAAAAGGUGGACGCUAAGAAAAACACCAUCGAAUCUAUGAGCAGGGAGGAGCUCAUAAACAAAUGCAAAGGACUCUUAGGAAUUGCAAAACAAGCUAAAAAAGCAAAAGAUGAAUUUGCUGAAGAAAACCAAAAACUCAAAGAAAACAUGACAAAUUUUGAGACACAACGUGAAGCAGAUAAGAAAUCCCUCCUCACGAUGAAAGAAAUGCUUGAGCAAUUCACACAAAAUAAACUUGAACUAGCUUCGGAAAUCAGUGAGCUACGUGGUAGAAAUAAAUCGCUAAUAGAAGAACACACGAGUGUUAGAAAAGAAAAAGAAAUGCUUGCUAUUGAAAACGAAGCUUUACGACGGCAAGUGAAUAGACUUACAGAAGACAACGAGAGCUUACUAGAAGAUAUUAAUCGGAUGGAUGAGCAGUUAAAUCAGGUCAAUGUACUUGGAAAAGAACAAAAACAACAUUUAGACCUUCUUGAACUCGAAGUAGAAAAACUUAAAGAAUACGAGGCCUCAAGUAAAAAACUCGCUGUAGAAUUCCAGGACUUACAACAAUCCCACGAAACACUAACCGAAUCAUACAAUCUAAUCAAAAAUGAUUCACACGCUUUGGCUGCAAAAUGUCAGAACCUUAAAGAAAUUAACACAGAACAACGUAACAAAUUCCAAGGCUUAAAAGAUAAAUUCAUUGAAGUUCAUAAAAAACUCAAACAACUCAAGGAAUGUAAACGAGUUUUGGUUGAAAGCCAUCAUGAAUAUGCCGAUUCAAUAUCCAGAUGGCAAUUAGAAAUAAUGCAAGCAUCAGAGCAACUCUGCAAUCAUAUACAGUCUCUAACAAAAGAAAAUACCGAUCUUAAAAAUGAAAUUCAGACAAAGGAUGUAGACAAUAGCAUAGCCUUGCCCCAGUUGCCAAUAUUAAUUGAAUACUGUGAAAAGGCACUUGUAGAAUACCGUCAUCAAAAUGAGCUUAUUGAUCAACUUAAAAUGGAAAAUGAGAAAUUGAAAGAAAACGGUCUUAAAACCCAGUCUGGUGAUGAAGUAGAUCAUAAGGAAUUUAGAAAUGAAGAUUUUGAAACCCUUGAACGUCUCAAAAUCGAAAAUAGUAAUCUUAGAGAAGAAGCUGCGAAUGCAAAACAAGCUAUAGAAGAUAAAAUAAAACUCAUUGAGUCCGAAAAGCAACAUCUGCAAGAAAAAUUAGACAAAGCCGAAGGAAGAGCUAGUGAAAUUGAAACCCUUGAACAACUUCAAAUCGAAAAUAGUAAUCUUAGAGAAGAAGCUGCUAAUGCAAAACAAGCUAUAGAAGAUAAAAUAAAACUCAUUGAGUCCGAAAAGCAACACUUGCAAGAAAAACUAGACAAAGCCGAAGGAAGCGCUAGUGAAUUUGAAACCGAAAUAAAUACUCUUAAGGCUAAGGUUGAAAACCUAACAAUGCAGAUAUCUACAAUUACCAACGAAAAAGAAAAGUUGGAAGAAGAAAAAUCAACCAUCCAUAGCAUGGCCGAAAGGGAUAUGAAACAUUUGAAGGACGAAAAUGCAGAUCUUAAAGAUAAAACAACAAAAUCUGAUGAAAAACUUAAAGAAAUGCAAUCAAAAAUACAAAAACUUGAAGAAGAGCUCACCAAUGACACUGGUGAAAGCGAACUUGAAAGAAAAAUAAAUAUAAUUGAAUCAUAUCUACCAAGUUUAAUUGAUUGCUGUGAAAAGGCAUUGUUGGAACAUAGAGCGCAAAGUGAGCUGCUCAAUACAUUAAAUAAUAAAAAUAUUGAAGAAAAUAAUGAAGAACUCGUAGUAAAAUUAACCAAAGAGCUUGAACACAUAAAAGAAACAAAUGAAAAACUAAAAGAAAAACUUUCCAAAACCAAAACCAAUAACGAAGAUGUUGGUAAAAAAAAUUUGGUCAAACUUAAAAAUGAUCUUGUUGUAAACAAUCACAUUUGUGAAGAUCUUCAAACGAAACUCGAAAAGCAAGAGCGUGAGAAUACUGAUUUAUUAAAUGAAAUGCGUGAAUUAAACGAAGCACUCAAAGGUCGAGGUGAUGUAAUAUCCAAGCAACAAGCGAAACAUCAAGAAAUGAUAGCUGAAAUGAAAAAAACAUCGAAUGCUCUAUCCAAAAUCGAAGCUGAUUUACAAUCAAAAGAAAAAUUAAUUAAGGACAAAGAAACAAAAAUCAGCAAGCUUAGCGAAGAUAAUAAAUCAGCAUUGCAAGAAGUCAAUCGACUACAGAAUGCUUCGCGAGAAAAUGAAUCGCGAAUAAAACAGCUUAACGAAGAAAUUACAUAUAUGAAAGCUCAGCUAGAAAACCACGAUGCUCAAAGUGAAGCCCUUUCAACUUCGACAAUAUCACGGGCUGAGGAACUAGCUCGUUUGCGUGAGGUUGAUGAGAGUUUUGAAGAGAAAUAUAAUAAACUAAGGAGUUUAGCUGUUAAAAUGAAGAAAAAGUCUCAUGAGCAAUCACUUUCCAUUGUUGAGCUCGAAAAACAAAUUGCUGAAUCAAACAGCAAAGUAACUGAUUUAAAUGAGAAAAUAUCCUCACUGGAAGGUGAAAGAGAUUCACUACAAAAAGAAUUAAAAACUUGUAAAAAUCAAAUUGAAUCACUCAAAGCGGAAGUGAGUAAGUUGAAGGUUUCAAAGAAACAAAGUAAUGUUUUAAAUCUUGAAAUUGAGGCAUUUGAAAAGUCUUUAAAUGAAACAACUGCUAAAUUAACAGCGAAAUCAGCUGAAUAUGACCUUAUGCGUGAAACACUUCAAAGUAAAGAAUCAGCUAUUGAAGUUUUGAAAAAAGAAAAUAAAAUACUUGAAGAAAGUAAAGAGAGUGAGAUUGUUCAUGCAGCUGAACUAAAAAAACAGAUUGAUAAACUUCAAAAUCAAUUAAAGGAUGUUGUACAUAAGAAGCAGGAGAUUGCAGCAAAGUUGGAUGAAUGUCUAAAUGACAAGCAAACUCUGCAAUCGGAAGUAGAAGAACUUAAAGAGAAUGUGUUACAUCUAACAAAGAAACAAGACGCCGAACGAAUCCUUAUGAUUGAAGAAAAAGAAAACUUACUUCAAAGAAUUAAUUCUUUAGAAGUCGAAUUAACUGCGUCAAAUAAUCGAAUUACACUCGCCGAGCGUUCUUUCCAAGAUCUCCAAAACGAAUUUGCUAAUUACAAGGUAAAAGCUCAAUCUGUACUGCGUCAAAAUCAAACGAAAGAAUCGUCAAAAGAGCGGGAGCUAGAAGAAGAAUUAAGGCUAGUCAAAGGAGAACAUAAAGAUUUAUCCGACCGCUUGCAAACAUUUGUAGAGAAAUAUCAAGCGAGUGAAAAGGCAAUCGAAGAGUUGCACGAGGACAACAGAUGCCUUCGAAAUCGCAAUUCUGAAUUGCAAAGUAAGAUAACAGAAAUUCGUCAGCAAUCAGAAAGUAUUGCACGAGAAAAUAAAAAACAACUUGAAACAUAUCAAGAAACUUUAAAAGGACACCGCCUACAAAUUGAAGCAUUAGACUCAUGUCAUCUCCAACAAAUUCAAGAAUUACACGCUAAAUACAAUCGAGAAAUUGCUGACUUGAAAUCAAUGCAACAAAAAGAUUCAGAAAAUUACAAAUUAAAACCAUAUGAUAAACAUGAUUAUAGUCUGUUGGAACGUGAGGAUGCCGAAGGAUCUGAAGCUGAAACAACACAAAUUCCUAAAUAUCUACCACCGAGAAAACGAUCCAGUCAUGAUUUGAUUCCACUUGAUGAGUUAUUGAGUUCACCAAUGGUUGAUAGCACGUAUUCAGUUUUAGAAAGGAGGAAGUCAUUAUCACCAUCGAUUGAAUUGCAAGAGACGAAAGAACGCCUAAUGAAGCAAGAAAGCCGUGUUAGGCAUUUAACUUCAUUGUUAGCUGAGAGUGAACAAGAUUUAGCAAGGUUGACGCAAUUAAACGAAAUGCUGAAAGAAGAAGUCCGAAGACAAGAAAGAACAGUUGAAAGAGAGAAGCAUAUGCAUAAUUCAGAAUAUCUAAAGAAUGUUGUUUUGAAGUUUAUCUCUCUGAACAAUGUCGACGAACGUACUCGCUUGGUACCUGUUCUGAAUACAAUUCUAAAACUUAGUCCAAGCGAAAUGGAAAUGCUUCAAAAUAUAGCUAAAGGAAAAGCUUUGGAUAACAACAAUCGAAGUUGGGGAAGUUUCUUGCCGAGCUGGAACACUAGCUAAUAUCGUUAAAAGUUGAAUUGAAUGCAUUUUUUCUACUAAGAUUUCAAAAUUUAGUAUUUUCUUUUUUGUUUGUUUAAUAAUAAAAAAAUUGUUUAUGAUUUAAUAUAAAUUAUUAUUUAUACAAAUAUUUGUAAUACUUUAAACUUGUAAAUAUUAUAGUCAAUGUAAAUAAUAAAAACAAAUAUUAUA